GGGCCCAGGCAGUCCUGGGACCCCAGGCCAUGGGUGGGCAAGCCUAUCAUGGGGCCCAGGUGUGCUCUGGCACCAACUCCAGGAAGUGCCAGGACUUAGGAGACUCGAUUCUUCUUCUUCUGGGCAGCUUCAUCUUGCUCAACGUGUGGAUCAACGUGGUGACUCUGCUCUGGAAGCAUCUGAAGAGCUCCUUGCGGAUUCUUUUCCAUCAUUUUUUUCCCAAAGACAAGCAACCCAGCGGCAGCCAUCCCAUAUGUAUUCGCUCCUCCGUGGAUCCCAAGAACCUGUGUUCAAAAGUCUCUUCCCGCGUCCGUCCUCGCCCAGGCUUCCUGCUCAGGCGCGUUAACCAGCUUGACUCCUGGAUACCAGACACGAACGAUGAGGUUUCUGCGUGCUGCUGGAUGUCCCCUAAAUGUGGACGUGCCGGGCUUCCCACGGAGUCUGCAUGGGGACUGUACAAGGAGGGGAUGAUGGGCGUGGGGGAGGCCCCUCAGGUCACAGCGUUAAGGGCUGAAGCCUCCUUGCUCUCCAGUCCAGAGACAUCUUCCCAGUUCCCAAAGAUGAGCAAGUUGGACACGGGUCCAUGCCACCUGCCCCAAGAGAGCAAGACUAAGACCCCAGACUGUGCUCCAGCCGAGGCCUCAGCUCAGGCCCAGGACCACUCCCCAACCCACACUCCUGUGUGCACCCCAACCCACCCCUGGACCCACUCCGCAGACCACACCGCUGUGCACACCUCUGCCCACUCCUGGACCCACUCCAAGGCCCGCACCCCUGAGGGCACCCACUCCCAGGCCCAGGACACCUCAGCCCAGGCCCAAGCCCACACCUCUGCCCCUACCCCAGCUCAGAUGCCAGCCCACAUCCAAGUUCACACCCCAGCCCUUACACCAGCCCAGGCCUCAGCUCACACUAAAGCCCAUACGUCAGCCCAGGCCCAAACCCACUCUCCGCCCCACACCCCUGAGCAUACUCACUCCCAGGCCCACAGCCCUGAACACACCUCAGCCCAUGCCCCAGCCCACUCCCCAGCCCAGACUCCUAUGCCUGUCCCAGCCCACCCCCAGGCCCACGCCCCUGAGUAUACCUCCGCCCAUGCCCCAGCGUAUAUCCCAGACCACUCUCAUCUAGUCUGCAACUCGGUUCCUGUCCCAGACUCUACCCCAGCUCCUUCCGGAACUCUUGCCCCAGCCACUACUCCUGUCCUAGCUCCAACACCAGCCCCUGUCCCAGCCUCUGUCCCCACUCCUGCUCCAGCACUGGUCAUGGCCCUGACUACCACUCCUGUCCCUGCUCCUGUCCCUGCUCCUGUCCCUGCCACCACCCCUGCCCCCGUCAUAACUCCUACACCCUCUACCCCACCUGCCUUCAGCCAUGACCUCUCCACUGGCCAUGUGGUCUAUGAUGCCCGCAGGGCGAAGCAGAAUUUCUUCCAUGUGUCCAGCCCCCAGAACCCUGAGUAUUCAAGAAAAGACUUGGCUACCCUCUUCAGGCCCCGAGAGGGUCAGGACCUGGUGAGUUCUGGCAUAUCUGAGCAAACAAAGCAAUGCAGUGGGGAUAGUGCCAAGCUUCCUGCAGGAUCCAUACUGGGCUACCUGGAGUUGAGGAAUAUGGAAUGGAAGAUCUCAGAUGAUGCCAAAGAUAAGUUCCCCCAGACCAAGACUUCCCCUUACUGCAGCUUCCAUCCUUGCAGUUCUGAGAAGAACACAGACUCCCAGGCUCCAGUCUACCCGAAAUUCCUUGUCUACUCCCGGGAUACUGCAUGUGCCAAGCCUUGCUUUCAUUCUGCAACCACUGCCCAGAGCUCAGUGUGUACCCUUCCUCCACCGUGCACUCUUUCCCUGCCUCUCGUUCCUCCCAGAUCCUUUGUCCCUCCUCAACCCACCAACCAUCAGAGGCCUUCCACCUUAAUACAAACCCCUACUGUUCUUCCAACCUCCAAGUCUCCUCAGUCCAUCCUCACUUCCCAAUUCCCCAUCCCUUCCCUGUUUGCCACCAUUUCCCAACCCCUGAUCCAAUCCCAAUGCCCUGAAUGUCAUAAGAGUCUAGGCCUGUCCCAAGAUUCUGGCCUUCAAAGGACCCCAUGCCCUUCAAAAGACUCCAGAGUUCCCAGGAAUCUGGACCUUGCCCAAAACCCAGACCUCCACAAGAACCCAGGCCUUACCCAAGAUCCAGGCCUCCACGAGAAUCCAGGCCUUGCUCCAAAUCAAGGCCUACAUGAAUUCCCAGGCCUUCCCCAAGAUUCUUAUCUCUGCCAGAAUCCAAGCCCUUCUCAAGACUUUGGUCUUCACAAGAAUUCAGGCAUUACUCAAGAUUCCCACCCCCAAAAGAACACAGGUCUGACUCAAGAAGCUGGUAUCCUUAGGAGCCCAUGUCUCACCCAACCCCCUGGCCUCCACAAGAAAACACCAUUUACCCAAACUUCUGAUCUUCAGAGGAGCUCAGGCUUUACACAACACUCUGGAAUCUAUAGGAAUCUUGAACCAAACCAAGAGACUGUGGUCUACAAAAAUCAAGAUCUCUCCCAAGCAGUUGACCACCAAAAGAACCUAGGCUCUUCUAAAGAUUCUGGAGGUCACAAGAAUACAGGCAAUGUCCAAGAUCCAGGAGUCUGUAGUACCCCAGGCCUUACUGAAGAUUCUGGAUCACAGAAGGGUCCAUAUGUUGCCCAAGACUCUGAAGUCAAUAAGAGCUCAGGAGUUAUCCAGAAAUCUUGUCUCCACAAGAGCCCAGGCCUUAUCCAAACCUCUGGCCUCCCAAAGUGCUCAGGCCUUACCCAAGACUCAGGAGACUACAAGAAUCCAGGACUUAUCCAAGAAUGUGGUGGCCACAAAGUUAAAGGCCUUACUCAAGAUUCCAACCUCCCAAGCCUUACCCAAGCCACUAAAGUUGAAAGAAGAUUUAGCCCUCCCCAAGAUGUUGGAGUUUAUAGGAGCUCAAAACAUAGCCAAGACUCUAAUCUCCACAAGUGCCCAGGAAUUAAUCAAGAUCCUGGCCCCCAUAAAGACCCAGCCCUUGUCCAAGACUCUGGCCUCCCCAAGAUUUCAGGCCUUACUCAGGAAUCUGGCCCCUACAAGAACUCAUGCCUCAUCCAAGAUCCCGGCCUCCACAAGAACCCAAGCCCUGCCCUAGGUUCUGAUUUUGUCCAGCUUUUGUCCCCACUUCAGACCCCAAAGUCCACACUGUCCCUGAUGAAGUCAUCUGUGCCUGAGAAGGCUGCUCAGAAGGAGGACGCACAGCGGCACGUCCUCUGGGCUCCUGUCCAACUCAAUCAGAACUCCUGCCCUUCCAAGGCCCAAGUGGUCUCCAAUGACCUGCAGACCUUCUCAGAGGUACCUGUAUUAAUUGAGCUGCAAUCAUCCUCCUGGUGGGCAGGCAGCCAGCACGGGGAAUACCGCCCUGUGGAUACAGUUCCUUCAGGCUACCAGAACUAUCAUCAGAUGUCUAUGUCUUCCCAUAUCAACUGGAAGUCUCACUGCCCUGGACCAGGCAGCCGGGCAGGGCAUGUGGUUUUUGAUGCCCGUCAGAGACAGUCGGCAGUGGGCAAGGACAAGUGUGAAGCUCUGUCUCCUAGGCGCCUUCGUCAAGAGGCACCCGGCGACUCAGGGAGACCAUCAAGGAGUGGGGAUAUCAGAAUGUGA